CUCCAAUAAACAUCGGCUUCACUCUAACUGAAGAAGGCAGAUGUUAAUGUCAGUCCACAAUAUCAUCUCCCAUGGCAGCUAUAGAUAAAGUCAAAGUCAUCGUUGUAGGAGACUCUGGAGUUGGCAAGACGUCUCUGGUGCACUUAGUCUGCCAUAGUGAGCCUAUCAGUAACCCUUCGUGGACCGUUGGAUGUGGGGUGGAUGUGAAGCUACACGAAUACGAGGAGGGCAUGCCUAAGCAGAGAUCGUACUUCGUAGAACUAUGGGACGUUGGAGGCAGCAGCAGUCAUCGCAACGCUAGACACGUCUUCUACUCUUCUGUUCACGGUAUAAUUUUAGUUCAUGAUUUGACAAACCGUAAGUCCCACCAAAACUUACAAAAAUGGUUAGCCGAGGUUUUGAAUCGAGAAGAGGGAACUAAAAAAGAAGACUUUGACCCUGAACAUUUUGUUGGUGCUACCCAGAUUCCCAUCCUGGUCGUUGGAACAAAGUCUGACCUCGUAGCGCAAAUAAGAAACAACAAUCAACCGAGAUCAUCUUUCAUUGCCGAAGAGUGUGGAGCUGAUGAAAUAUUUUUGGAUUGUAGUCAGAGAAGAGCCUUUGCUGCAGGAACGACAAACGCUGUUCACAUGUCAAGGUUCUUCGACAAGGUUAUAAAGCUGCGUUACCACACGGGAGCGACUCAUGGACCGUUUGCCAGCUCUAGACGCUACUCACCUUAUGUGUCUCCGCCUCCUACCUACACUAAACUGUUCCAUAAUGACUAAUACGCAGGAGCGACUGAAUUACACAAUGAUCUGUACAACACAGUAGUGAACCACGAAAUGUUCGCCCUAUGCCUUCAACUGAUGUACAAACAGUUCCACAAUGACUGAUUUAAAAACUACUCUUGCUUAUUUAAUCUUGUUGUAUUAAUUACUUCUUGUUACUAUCUGUAAAACUGUAGCCU